ACAUUCUUACCCAGGGCCCAAACAAUGCCAGCCUUCCAGACCAGCCCAGGAGUUUGGGGUGGGGAAACAGAGUCAUUAUAGAAUAUCUUCAUCCCUCGGCCCGGAGAGCAUCAGAGUUAUCAUCCAUGCCCUCCUAAAAGGGCAUCCCGGAGCACAUCUUGCCACAGAACCUAAUUCAGGACUCAGAAGACCAGGACUAAAAUUGAAUCUCAUUGGGAUUUGCAUGUAAGAGAGACCAGAAGGAAUGGAUUGGCUCCUUCUCAGAAACAUUUGUCUUUUGAUCCUUCUAAUGGUGGUGCUGGAAGUAAACAGCGAAUUUAUUGUCGAGGUGAAAGAACUAGACAUUGAAAAUGGCACGACAACGUGGCAAACUGUCAGAAGACAAAAGCGGGAGUGGAUCAAGUUCGCAGCUGCCUGUCGAGAAGGAGAGGACAACUCGAAGAGGAAUCCAAUCGCCAGAAUUCGAUCAGACUGUGAAGUGAAUCAUAAGAUUACAUACCGAAUCUCUGGAGCAGGGAUUGAUCGGCCACCUUACGGGGUGUUCACCAUUAAUCCUCGCACUGGGGAAAUUAACAUCACUUCGGUGGUGGACAGAGAGAUAACUCCACUCUUCUUGAUCUAUUGCCGGGCUCUGAAUUCACGGGGUGAAGAUUUAGAGAGACCACUGGAGCUCAGAGUCAAAGUUAUGGACAUAAAUGAUAACCCCCCGGUCUUCACACAGAACGUGUACACAGCCAGCAUUGAAGAAAACAGUGAUGCCAAUGCACUGGUGAUAAAGCUAAGUGCCACAGAUGCAGAUGAAGACAAUCAUUUGAAUUCUAAAAUCGCCUACAAGAUCAUUUCUCAGGAGCCUGCAGGUGCACCAAUGUUCAUUGUGAACAGGUACACUGGAGAAGUCCGCACCAUGUCCAGUUUCCUUGACAGAGAGCAACACAGUAUGUACAACCUACUUGUGCGGGGCUCUGAUCGUGAUGGAGCUGAAGAUGGAUUGUCCUCUGAGUGUGACUGUAGAAUCAAGGUUUUGGACGUCAAUGAUAAUUUCCCCAUCUUAGAGAAGACUUCAUACUCAGCAAGCAUUGAAGAAAAUUGUUUGAGUUCAGAACUGAUCAGACUACGAGCAAUCGAUCUUGAUGAAGAAGGCACCGAUAAUUGGUUGGCACAAUAUUUAAUCCUUUCUGGAAAUGAUGGAAACUGGUUUGAUAUUCAAACAGACCCACGUACCAACGAAGGCAUUUUGAAAGUAGUCAAGACCCUGGAUUAUGAACAAGUGCCUAAUGUUAAUCUUGGUAUUGGAGUUAAAAACCAAGCUGAUUUUCACCACUCCGUUGCUUCUCAAUUCCGAAUGCACUCAACCCCUGUGAGAAUUCAAAUUGUUAACGUGAGAGAAGGACCCACAUUUCAUCCUAGUUCCAUGACUUUUAGUGUACGGGAAGGAAUAAGAGGAGAUUCCUUAUUGAAUUAUGUGCUUGGCACAUACACAGCCAUGGAUAUGGACACAGGAAAUCCUGCAACAAAUGUCAGGUAUAUCAUAGGGCAUGAUGCAGGCAACUGGUUAAAAGUUGAUUCAAGGACUGGUGAAAUACAAUUCUCUAGAGAAUUUGAUAAGAAGUCAAAAUAUAUUACCAAUGGGAUGUACACAGCACAGAUCCUGGCUAUAGAUGACGGCUCUAGGAAAACAGCUACAGGAACCAUAUGUAUUGAGGUUCCUGAUGUCAAUGACUACUGUCCAGUCAUUUGUCCUGAAAGCAGCACCACCUGCAUGGUUUCUCCAUCGGUCCCUAUCUAUGUUAGUGAUCAUUCUUAUGGGGCUCCCUUUACCUUCUGUGUUGUUGAUGAGCCACCAGGAACAGCUGACAUAUGGAAUAUCGAACCAAUAAAUGGAACCUUUGCAAUCCUGACAACUGAUGAGGUGAUAUCUCCAGGACUUCACCAAAUCCCAAUCCUAGUGAAGGACAGCUAUAACAGGGCAUGUGAAUUGCCACAGAUUGUGCAAUUUGAUGCCUGCAGUUGUGAUAGCAAUGGCAUAUGCCUGCACUCUAGCACUCCUGGUAUCUAUAAUGAAGACAUCAGCUCAUCCCCUGAUGACAUGUAUGGGACAAUCACUGAUGACCAAGCUGGAGAUUCAAAUGUUGGUCUUGGACCAGCAGCAAUUGGCAUGAUGGCGAUGGGUGGCUUAAUUCUGCUCUUGUCGCCACUCUUGCUGCUCAUGUGCUGCUGCAAACGAAGACAACCAGAGGGCCUGGGGACCAGGUUUGCUCCUGUGCCUGAGGGUGGAGAAGGAGUGAUGCAGUCCUGGAGGAUAGAGGGGGCCCAACCCGAGGACAGGGAUGUGUCCAAUAUAUGCGCACCCAUGACAGCCUCUAAUACCCAGGAUCGUAUUGAUUCCUCUGAAAUCUACACCAACACCUAUGCAGGUGGAGGAACAGUUGAAGGAGGUGUGUCAGGAGUGGAACUCAAUACAGGCGUUGGAAUGGCUGAGGGCAUGGUGGCUGGAGGAGCUAUGGGGACCUUGAGGAAGAGGAGUUCUACCAUAGGAACUCUGCGGGAGUAUGCAGACACCGGCAUGAACAUGGCCUUCCUGGACAGCUACUUCUCAGAGAAAGCAUACGCAUAUGCAGAUGAGGAUGAAGGCCGACCAGCCAAUGACUGCUUGCUUAUCUACGACCAUGAGGGAGUUGGGUCACCUGUGGGCUCCAUUGGUUGCUGCAGUUGGAUCGUGGAUGACCUGGAUGAAAGCUACAUGGAAACUUUAGAUCCAAAAUUUAGGACUCUUGCUGAAAUCUGCUUAGACACCGAAAUUGAGCCAUUUCCUUCACACCAGGCCUGUAUCCCUAUCAGUACUGACCUCCCUUUGCUGGGACCUAAUUACUUUGUUAAUGAAUCUUCAGGAAUGACUCUCUCAGAAGCUGAAUUCCAAGCAGAAAUGGCAGCCUCUGAACCCGUGAUUCAUGGGGAUAUCAUAGUGACUGAGACUUACACUACUGCUGACCCAUGUGUACAACCCACAACAAUUGUUUUUGAUCCUCAGCUUCCUCCCAAUGUUGUAGUAACAGAAACAGUGAUGGCACCUGUCUAUGAUGUUCAAGGGAAUAUUUGUGUGCCUGCCGAGUUAGCCAACACACACAAUGUAUACUAUGCUGAGAGAGUCCUGUCUAGCCCUGGUAUGCCUGACAUGAACAAUGGUAGCAUGACUGAUGGUUGUACGGGACCUGUGAUGAGUGGCGGUAUUUUGGUAGGGCCAGAAAUUCAAGUGACACAAAUGGUGAGUCCAGACAUUCACAUAAGCCAAACCAUUGGCUCUACAUCCCCAAUGACGUCUCGACACAGAGUGACAAGAUAUAGUAACAUACAUUACUCCCAACAGUAAGUGAUUUAUGACCGGUAUACUAGAUGCUGAUCUUGCAGCCUAAUAGUCACCAAAACAUUCAUCAAAGAUGUAUAAUGUACUAUAUUUAAAAUAUUAAUAGUCAACAAACAUUCAGAUGUUCUAAGUUUAAUGUGGCUUUGAUUGGAUCUUUCAAGGGAUAAAUAUGGCUAAGCACUUUAGAUAAGUCUUUCUUAGUUUUUUCUGAUUUUCAAUAUAUGCCAAAAAACUUAAAGAAAAUAUUUUGUAUCCUUUGAUAUUGUCUAAAGUGCAUAACUCAUUUCACAAAUCCAAUGGGUCUUGAGGCCUACAGAAAGUCACGUAAAUCAAGAUGUCCACGUUCUUGGGAUUUUCAAAGAAGUUUUAUCUGGCAGUAUUUUCUUUAGAGAAAUAUUUCUUUAAAAAAAUUUUUUAAAGUACAUUUCUGAAAGGAAAUGGUAAAGGAAUAUGGAACAUAUGUUAAUAGAUAUCUGAAGUCAUUUGUUUUUUCAAACGAUUUCUCAAGAUAAGCAAUAUUAAGUGAUAGGGCAUGCUUAAUUUUUUAAGAAGAGUUUGCCAACAGGAAGUGGCUCCUCAAAAGGAAGUAUAUAAACACAUAUCAAUUUUAUUGCACUUUAUCAAUUUGUAUCAUUACUGUAAUAUUAAUUUAGAAUUGCAAAAGAAAAUUUAUGACAAAUCUACAAUAAAAACAGAUCUUAAGAGAAAUCUUAGCAUUUUCCCCAGUAAAGGGAAUUUUUUCACUACUUUUUUCUAAUUUUGUCUAAAAUGAUGUGAAACAUAGUUUAAACAGUUUUAUUGACCUGGAUCAUAGGGCUUUCAUUUGGCAGCCAGAUGUUUUCUAAAGCACACCUAUCUUUUUUUAAUAUACUCAACAGCUACUAGGUGUUGAACACUGGUCUUGGGUCUGUGAGCACAGAGGUAAAAAAGACAAACAUGAUUCCUAUCUUCAUAGAGCCUUUAAUUCAUUUCUAUACUUAAAAUAAAACUCUGAAAUAUGACUUUGAGUUACUACCAAGAAUAACUAGUAACCUAUUUGAUCCAUUACCAAGCUGGGUUUCUAAUAUUACUACUCACACUGAAUGAAUGAAAUGGAAACGUGCACAGAUGGCUUCAGUAGACAUAAAAGUUGGCUUAAGAAAAAGAAAUUCUGCAGAGUAGUUUUAUUUAAUUCUGUAAAAUAUGUAAACUAUAUAGCAGUAACUAUAAUGUUACUAGAAAGAUAAUGUAAAUGAAAUGAAAUAAACAUUUUCAGGGCUUUUUCCUUUCAUAAGGAAGUAAUUGGACUUCUUGUUGUUUUUUUGUUUGUUUGUUUGCUUGUUCCUUUAUGAAUAAAACUAUUAUAGAAAUUGAGUCAUCUUACAUAACCGUUUACCCAUUUCACCAAUUUUAUAGUCAACGAAUCUAAAAGUGGAUUAAAUGACCACAAGGAGCUAGUUGUAGAACAAAACCUUGAACCCAUUGCUCAUAUACCCUAGCCAGUGUUUCAAUACUAUAACUUCAUCAGAAUGAAGAGGAUUAAAUUUUGUCUAUUGCAUGGACUUUGCUAUUGCUAUUUGGAACAAAAAGUAUCUCUUAAAGAAAUAGGUUUUAUUGGGCUGGGGAUGUGGCUCAAGCGGUAUUGUGCUCGCCUGGCAUGCGUGCGGCCCGGGUUCGAUCCUCAGCACCACAUACAAACAAAGAUGUUGUGUCCGCCGAAAACUAAAAUUAAAUAAAUAUUAAAAAAAAAAAAAAAAAGAAAUAGGUUUUAUGAAGUUUAAGUGCAAAAUAACUAAAGCAUUGCACAUUUUGUAAUAGUUUUCAAAUUGUGGGUACUGCCAACUGUUACAGUCAUUCCUCAAUUUAGUUAUUUAUAACAAAGAUUCUGCUACACUUUAUUAAUCUAUAAUUUGAUGAAAUUCAGGGUGUAGCCAAGCAUCACUGGUUUGUGGUCAUUUUAACAAUCAAUCAAUGGCCCACCCCAUAGCCUCUUCAUGUGCUCAAUUCUGUCCUGACAUGGACAUUACUCUUGAAAUGUGCAUUCUAUUAAACCAACAAUUCUCAGAAUUAUAAAAUGACUAGUGGAUAAUUGAAUGUAAAGUGUUAGUGAAGUCAAAACUGAAAACACUAUGAAAUUUGAGAAAUAAAAUAGAAAUAAGCAUUGAUCAACAGAUUAAAAGUUUGAAAGGAGAUGAAACUACUUGUGAGAAGGGUAAGAGAUUUUUUCUGUGAGUUUUUCCUCUCUCUUUAUCAAUAUGCAAAAACUUACAAUUACCUCUAAAAGAGGAAAUCCACCUCUUAUGGAUGCCUUCCCCCACAUUCUCUGUGGAAACAAGAACAGAAGCUUUCCAUUUUCUCUCUCAGCAUACAGUGAGAGGCAACUUAACCAUCAUGCCCCGAUGGUGAGGGUUGUUCACAUGUAUUUCCAGAUUCUGAAAGUGAGGCAUUUCUAAAUAUCAUCCCAAACAAAAUAGAAAGCAUAAACCAAGAUCCCUCUUCACUGCUUAAGAGUUAGAAUAUUGUUUUGUCUAAGAAGUAAACUUAAUAUAGCAUUUAUGUUAAGGUUUGAAAAUGAAUGCAGAAGUCUAGGAAAUGAGAUUUGAUAAAUAAAUAUAACAGCAUAUUGUUUGAGCCAUAUUGCCUGACCUAUGGAAUUGCUUAAGUAGAUGGCAUUACUAAAUGAAUGAAUGGGCUCUCUUGGAAAAAUCUUAGGUGAGGGGAAAGGAAAUCACUUAGAAUAUGAGCAUAUUUAUUAACUUGUUCAAAGGGAAUUAUUCUUUUAAAAAUUCCCUGUUUAAAUAUUUCUGAUUGCAAUGUCUUACUAAAUGUAAUAAUGUUUUAUAUAAUUCUUCAAUUAAAAAAAUGUGUGCUAAGAGAGAAAAAAAUGCUUCAUUUUAUCCUGGGUACACAUCGUAUUCCAUGCAUAAACACAGAUACCCAUUGGGGAAAGCUUUUCCCAUUGUGUCACUAGAUGAGUGUCAUUCUUCUCAUUGUGUGUAUGAUACAGGGGCAUGAAUUCAUUUGUAAAUUGAAAUCACAAUAAUCCAUUUGUUUAUUAAUGGGAGAAUUCUUAAUAGAAUCAUUGUUUUAUUUUUGAAUGCUCAUUAUAAAAUAACAAAUCAUAUAAAUAAACAUCAGAAA